AUGGUUAUCAAGAAGCGUCAGAUUCUUUGGGACUGGACAAACUCGGCUGGCCCAGGAAACCCAGGUGUGCCUGACAAGAUAAACCAAGUUCCGUUCGGUAGUAACAGCCCAGUGGCCUCCGUCGUGAACUGGAACGCAUGGGUCCCUCCAGAGCUAAAGGACCGGGCUCCAUUCAGGCCUAUGGUCCGCGUUCUUCAGAGUACAUCUGGAAACGAUUGGGCUGUGAUAGAAAGUUCCAAGUACCCGAUCAUACUCUUUUUCAACGAGCCUGAGCGUGCUGGUAUAACCCCAGAGCAGGCAAAGGAUAUCUGGUAUAAGCAGAUGUUGCCCCUGAGAAAGAAUAAGGGGAAGAGACUUGGAUCCCCAGCGGUUGCUUCUGACGAUAAUGGUCGUAAGUGGAUCGAGAAGUUUAUGUCGCUCGUGUCAAAUGACCCUCCCGAUUUCCUCUGCUUGCACUACUACUCUACCAACGCAAAUGAUGCCAUCAAGUAUAUCCAAGACAUGCAUAACAAGUGGCCCAAACAUAAAGUUAUGGUAACCGAAAUUGCAUCUAUCGACCGUAACUACCAGGCCGUCCUAGCCUUCACUGUCAAGGUCUGCAAUUGGAUGGACAGUCAGGAAUGGAUCUUCGAAUAUGGUCUGUUCGACUUCCAGCGCAAGGUAGCCGAUAAUUUCGUCAGCCCGGCCGCGCAGCUCAUGGACGGAAACGGCAAUUUCACGGAACUGGGCAAAAUAUAUGUCAACCAGCAGCCUAUGAAGGUACCUGGAAAAGCUGAUGUCUCCGAAAAAGAAUUUUCCGCGGCAUCUAUUGCGGAAGAGGAUGGGAGAACUGGAGAACCCGCGUCCCACGAGGCCAGUGAUGCAGUGUUCCAAGCCGCCGAGGCCGCUGUGGAAGAUAAUAAUGAGUUCAGCGCGUCUGCAGCUUUAGGCGGCGACCAGCAAAAAGCCCUAGACCUUCACAACAAUAAAAGAAAGUCUAAGGGGCUUCAUCCCCUCUCGUGGGAUAACCAGCUGGCCAAGAACGCUGAGGACUACGCGAAGCAUCUCGCCAAGAUCGGUAAAUUGGAACACUCCUCGGGUGACCAGCGCCCCAACCAGGGCGAAAAUCUUGCAUGGGCUUCUAGUUCGAACACACCCCUGGCUAUGGCCGCAAAGAUGUGGCUAGACGAAGAGAAGAACUACCACGGUGAGCCGAUUGGGCAGGGUAACUUCGGAUCUUAUGGCCAUUACACGCAAUGCAUGUGGAAGUCGACUACCAAGUUGGGCAUGGGCUCGGCCAAGGAUGCAAAGGGUGGUGUUUACACCGUUGGGAGAUAUUCCCCACCCGGAAACAUCGUCGGUCAGAAGCCAUACUGA